UGCUCGGCGUCGUGGUUCCGGUGGUUUCGGUAUGGUGUGUUCAAUUUUUAUUUUCGUUUUUUAUUUUCGUUUUCAGAUUAGGGUUCAAUUUUAGUUUUUGAUUUUCGUUUUGAUUAUUGUUUUUGAUUUUCGUUUUUGAUUUUCGUUUUGAUUUUCGUUUUGAUUUUCGUUUUUGAUUUUCGUUUUGAUUUUCGUUUUGAUUUUCGUUUUUAUUUUGAUUUUUUUGGCUGUUUUUCAAUUAUUUCUUUAAUUUGCAGUUAAUUGUGAAGAUGGGUAGAUACGCAUAUGGUUGAAGAGAGGGGCGAUGAUCGUACUGCCAGCAUAAUCUAUCAUCGUGCUUGUUCGAAUUUCAACAAUUGCAUAAGAUGACUUGAGAUCCCCGAGUCAGAAAUUUUCAGAAGCUUUCGGUGAUUUGUGUCUUUUCAGAAGUUCUCAGAAUCGGAAAAUAAAGCACGUAUUUACUUUUGGAACAACAUAGGUACGAUGAAUGAAAACCAAAUUGUUGUUAGGCAUGAAUCAGAAGGUGGCAAGACUCCCACAACGGGUGACGAAUCACAAGAUGUUAGUACGAUUACAAAGACCAUUAAAGGCCGUGGUCCGUCAAAAGGUGUUAAAGUCGCUAAGCCUAUGUUCCUUGAGUAUAAUGUAUAUAAUGUCCCCGAUGGACAAUGGUCUCAUGAAUACGGGAAGCAAGUUGGGAGUUGUGCUACUAGAAUUAAUAUUAACGUCCCAUUAUAUCCAAAGGUAGAUGAGCAAAUCAAGAAGGGGUUUUGGGAGGAGACUAAGCUUAUGUUCCACAUUACUGAUGAUUCUAAUCAUUCGAGGGAGAAAUAUUUUCAUUCUUGUGUGGCGAAACGAUUUAGUUGUUUCAAGAGCAAGUUGGUGCGCCGAUGGAUAACUAUGAAGGAAAAGAAGCCAAAAAAUCAAACAAACAAGAUGCCUUGGGAUGUCUACAACCAUAUCACAGAGGAUGAUUGGAAGACUUUUGUUAAACAUUAUUUCCUGCCAGAGUCAUUGCUUCGUAGUGAAAAGGCGAGGAAAAGUGCAUCAUGCAACAAGAACCCACAUCGCACCGGCCAAAAGGGUUAUAAUAGAAAGCGACUAGAUUGGAUAAAGGAUGGACGACUUCCACCAGAUGCAGCUUUACCUAUCUCGAGUAGCUCCUCGGUGAACUCAUCAGUGACCUCAAAUGUUAAUAGAGUUAGAAAAUACAGAUCAAAGGAGUGGAUUUUGGCCCAUCAAGUACAAAAUAAAGAGGGAAAGUGGGAAAUUGACCCGAACGAUACAGAAGUUGUUGAAAUCGCAACAAAAGCUUUAGAGUACAUCGCAGAAGAGGAAAAAGGAAAUCUUUCUUUCGAACAGGGUGAGGAUGCCCUCACUAAAGCUAUAGGGAAAAAAGAUCAUCGUGGGCGUGUCAAGGGAACAGGUGGCAUGGUUGGUAUCAAAAAGGCUUUCGGUCCGUGUAUUCGACAUAGUAGAAGUGACCAUGGUGAAGCUUCAUCAGAAAAUUACGAAUCAAUCAGAGCUUCUGUGAAAAAGGAGUUUGAAGGUGAAUUAGAGAAAAGGGUAGAGAAAAGGGUGGCAGAGGCCCUCCAAAAGCAACUAAGCACCUUGUUAAAAACAGGACAACUAAACUCCAUUUCUACCCCGAUACCUGAUGACCUCCACUUAAAUGAUUCUGCCAGAGUUGACCUUGAUGUUAGUGCUACAAGAACCACUCGUCACAUCUUAGUGCCGCAACCAUGCGAGCUAAAGGAAAGGACUCCAUGUCGUCUUGCCCUUGAGGAUAAAGUUUCAGGCAACAACAUUGUCGUGGCGGAUGGUAUGGUACAACCCUCAGAUGGUGCAUUGCCCCAACAUUUUACAUCGAUGAAGCCUGGUCACUAUAAAGUCCAAGUUGAUUUUGUUUACGACGGACAUGUUGAUGAUAUUCUUCCGGAUUGUACUUAA